UAUAAAUAACUGUUCUUUCUUUAUCGCUUUCAAAACUUUCUGUGCAGUAGCGCUCUCUGUCACUAGCUGCUGCUGCAACUGCUCUUCUCCUCUCUCAAUUCCUACCGAUUCCACUAUUAGCGUUUGUCUGGCACACUGGUCGACUUGUUUCGAAAUUUUAUUCGCUGUCGACACCAGCUCCCUACGUUCGGAAGGGUCGAAGCGUUCUAGGGAGGGGAUGAAGGAAAAAUAAGGCGGCCUUCAAGUUACUGAGCCAGCUCGAAGGCCAAGCGGAUAUCUCUCAAGAGGAGGAAUCUAAGCAAGCCUAGGCUGAGCAACGGGUACGGGAGGGCCGAAAAACACUUGAUCGACCGCAGUGAUGACAAUGGGAAGAUGACAGCGGCGCAGUGGCGGCGAUCAUCUCGCGAAUGGGACGGGACCCCAGCGCUCCCAUGCCCACGUUUUAUGGAGCGGGAUGGCUGAACGGGGUCAAUAUCCUCAAGUGCAACGACGACCCAACGCGACAGAAGCUCUGUGGGAGGGGGCCAAGCAGGAGGCGGUAGACAGGGAGUUAAUCCCGUCUAUACCAAAGGCGAAGGUGCUCUUCCCCAUUGCUCUCCAAGGAGAGCGAGCACUGAAGCUGCUGCAGAGGCAAAAUCCGGGCGUGCUGGAGAGCGAGGAGAAGCCCCUUAUGAAAGCUUCCUGCUACAUGGCACACGACAGACCCGCACCACAGGACGAACUUGGGAGUCUGGUGACAGAAGCCGGACCCAAAAACCACCAACUCAUCAUUAGUACGGAUUCCAAUGCCCACCAAAAUGUGUGGGGAAGCCCCGACAUCAAGGACAAUGGCCAAGCGGAUAUCUCCCAAGAGGAGGAAUCUAAGCAAGCCUAGGCUGAGCAACGGGUACGGGAGGGCCGAAAAACACUUGAUCGACCGCAGUGAUGACAAUGGGAAGAUGACAG